GAUGAGGGGCGCAGCUGCGCAGCACUGAGGGGGGCUAUCCCCUCCACUUCAACGGGUAGAGACCACGGGAGCAGAGUCUGCAAGGAAUCAAAUCCUGCUCGAGGAGACACCCGGUCUGCACCUGUUCUUGCCAGGCAGGCGGAUGUGAGCACGAUCUUCCUGGCCCCCGCCCCCCCCGCCGCUGCCACCAUGCUGUCCCCUCAGAGGGCUUUAAUCUGCAACCUCAACCACAUCCACCUCCAGCAUGUCUCUCUCGGCCUGCACUUGUCCCGCCGUCCUGAGCUCAGGGAGGGGCCCCUGAGCGCAUCGCCUCCCCCAGGCGACACGGGGGACAAGGAGAGCCGGGGCCCUUGCAGCGGGACCCUGGUGGACGCCAACUCUAAUAGCCCUGCGGUGCCCUGCCGAUGCUGCCAGAACCACGGGCCUGGCCUGGAGAACCGGCAGGACCUAGCGUUGGAGGAAGGUCCCGCUUCGCCCUCAGACCCAGGCUGCUCCUCUUCUCUCAGCUCCUGCUCCGAUCUCAGCCCUGACGAGUCCCCUGUGUCUGUGUACUCGCGGGACCUCCCCGGCGCGGAGGAUGCCCACCCUCAGUCCGGGGUACCCCCUCGGGAGCAAGACAACCCUCUAGCCUCUGCCAGGGAUGCCUGCUCCCCAGACAGCUUCUGCUGCACCCCCGACUCCUGCUCCGGGGCUUCUUCCCCACCCGGGCCCGGCCUAGACUCCAACUGCAAUACCCUGACCUCUAGCCAGGACCGCCCUUCACCCGGGCUGGAGGACGAGGAGGAGGGCGGGGAGCAGGACCCCCCCGGCGCUGAGCUCCCGGAGGUGGACGACGGGAAGAUCGACGCCGAGAAGACCGAGCCCACUUGGAAAAUUAACCCCAUUUGGAAAAUUGACACAGAGAAGAUUGGGGGCGACUGGCAGAUCGCAGAGCGGGACGACUCGGGCUGGAAGAGCCAUGGGAAGACGACGGAUUCGAGCUGGAAAGAGGAGCCUGCGAAACCUGACUCAGGGUGCCAAGCUCGCAUCGGAGUAGCAGACAGCGGCUGGAAGGCCGUGGCCGGGGGCUGCGAGGGUGACGUCAGCGGUGAGCCGGCGCCCCACCGGACCAUCACGUCCUUCCACGAGCUGGCCCAGAAGCGCAAACGCGGCCCGGGGCUGCUCCUCGUGCCGCAAGCCAAGAAGGACCGCAGCGACUGGCUCAUCGUCUUCUCGCCGGACUCCGAGCUGCCCCCGGCCGGAUCCCUGGGCGCGCCGGCGCCUCCCCGGGAAGUCACCACCUUCAAGGAACUCCGGUCCCGCAGCCGGGCCCCGCCCCCGCCCCCGCCGCCCCGAGACCCCCCCACCGGCUGGGCCCUGAUCCCGCCCCGGCCGCCGCCGCCCCCCGUGCCUCCGCGGAGGAAGAAGAACCGGCCAGGCCUGCAGCCCAUAGCGGAGGCACAGCCCGAGGAGGGCAAAGCUGGUAGUUUUGCGGUCGGCCGGGAGGCCCCAGCUUCCAGGGAGCCCAAGGAGCCCAGCGCGCAGGCCGGCCUGGAGGACGGCCCCCGCCCGGUCCCCCGGCCCCUGGUUUUCCGGUUCUCGGCCGACGGGCGCCCCCUGUUGGAGGGUGGGGGCGCGGGUGCAGCCGGGUCUCAGCUGCUAGCCCCUCUGGCUGCUUGGCCUGGCGCCGGGUUGCGGCUCCUGGGGGCGCCGAGCCCCCCUGAGGAGCAGCUGCUCCCCGUCCGCCUGUCCCCGGUGGGCGCCUACUCGCCUCCGGCCCGGGGGGCCCUGCCCUGCCUGGCCAGCCCUGAGCUGGCCCUGCUGCUGUCCCCGCUCUUCCCCAGAAGCAGCACCUUCCCUGCCGCGGCUCCCCCAUCCCGCCAGGUACCCGCCCCCCCGCUGCCACCGCCUCCUCGUCCGCGGAAGGCCCCGCGCGGGACCAGGAGCCCACCGCCUCCGCCCAGGCUACUACGCAGUUCCUGGUCUUUCGCCAGCGGGGCCCCGAGACUGUGGAUGGCAGGAGCGCGGAGCGGGUCCAGCCAGCUUCAGGAGCAGAAGAAAGGUCUGCUGAUCGCUGUCAGCGCCGCUGUGGAUAAAAUCAUCACGCAUUUCGGGGCUGCUAGGAAUCUGGUCCAGAAGGCCCAGUUGGGGGACAGCAGGCUGAGCCCAGAUGUGGGCCACCUGGUGCUGACCACGCUGUGCCCAGCUCUCCACGCCUUGGUGGCCGACGGGCUGAAGCCCUUCCGCAAAGACCUCAUCACUGGGCAGCGUCGGAGCAGCCCCUGGAGCGUGGUGGAGGCCUCAGUGAAGCCAGGCUCAGGCACCAGGGCCCUGGGCAGCAUAUACAGUCAGGUCAGCCGCCUGGCCCCGCUGAGCAGCAGCCGAAGCCGCUUCCACGCCUUCAUCCUCGGUCUCCUCAAUACUAAGCAGUUGGAGCUGUGGUUUUCCAGCCUUCAGGAAGAUGCAGGCCUGCUGUCCCUCCUCUACCUGCCCACCAGCUUCUUCUCGCUGGCCCGCAGCGGCUGCCCCGGCCUGUCUACUGAGCUGCUGCUUCUGCUGCAGCCCCUGUCGGUGCUCACCUUCCACCUGGACCUGCUGUUCGAGCACCACCAUCACCUGCCCCUGGGCCCGCAACAGGCUCCUGCCCCGCCGGGAUCGCCCCCUGCACUGCAGCAGACGAUGCAGGCAGUGCUGCACUGGGGGGGCCGGCUGGCACAGAGCCUCCGAGGGGUCCCUGGGGAGACUCCUCCCGGCCCUCCAGCGCGCCCCAGCUCUCCCACCGCAGGCAGCUGGUGGGAACAGCUGACACAGGCCUCCCGGGUUUACACCUCCUCUGGGUGCACCGAGGGCUUCACUCUCCCGCGCUGGGGGACCAGGCGGCAGGGACCAGCAGCCGAGGGCGCCCCCGACAGCCAGGACGCAGCAGGCCGCGGGCUGUGGUUGGGGAGACUUUUUGGCGUGCCUGGUGGCCUCUCAGAGACUGAGAGUGGAACCCCAAAGUCCAGGAGGCCCUCCAGCUGGCUGCCCCCAACAAUGAAUGUAUUGGCUCUGGUGAAGCGGGUCUCCCCUCCAGAGAUGCCCCCCUUUCCCGUGGAGCUCCAAGCCUCACUACCCAGCAAGGUCCAGCCACAAAGGGCUGUCCGUGCGCUCUGUGACCACACUGCCAUGGGACCUGACCAACUGAGCUUCCAGCGUGGGGAGAUGCUGCGUGUCAUCGCCACGGUGGACGAGGACUGGCUCCGCUGUGGGCAGGGGAGUGUCGAGGGGCUGGUGCCUGUGGGGUAUACCUCAUUGGUUCUCUAGGCCUCUGGCCGUCCGUGCCCCGCCUAUGUCUCUCCCUACACUCUUGGGAAUGGCAUGGUCUGUGAGCACAGCCCCAUGUAAUCCAAUCAUGCCAGAAGUACUUUCCCUAUCUAAAAUGACAUUUUCCUGCCACUCUGGAAAAUAAAAGUUGCCCUCUUCCUGCCCUGGCACAUCUGUAAGGUGAGAUCUGCUCUUCCAGAUAUAUAUAAAGGUGUUUCCUUUCCUGCAAUCUCAUCUCCCUGUCUGCACCUGGGCUGCCUUUCCCUCACCUUAAGUGGGCAGUGCCAGUACAAUGGAGGUCUUAAGUUCUCAGACCUGAGGGCCUCUAGCAUCCGGCUGUAUGUGAAGACUACCCCCACCACACCCACCCCACAUUACCCUUAUUUAUUAUGUAUUCAUGCUGCGCCAGGUGCUUAAGUGUAGACACCCCUGGUGGGUGAGACUGUAGUGUUGGUUUGUCACUUUUUGUCCAAAUAAAGUACGG